UGUAUUGUACGCAACUACAUGUUAUGAGUUACGCGGUCAUUGAAACGAGGCAUUUACCAGUGGGCGGGGGCGGUGCCGUGCUGGUGCUCAGCGAACUUGAAAGCAUGGCGGCCCGGCAGCAGCGGGAGAUCGCCCAGCAGCGCCGACUCCUCGAGCAGCGCGAGGCCCGGCUAGCCGUGCUCCGGGGCGCUCAGGAGCCGGCGCAGCAGGACAGACUGGCGAGGCUGAGGCACAGGCUGGACCAGCAACAGAGCAAGUUGAAUCGGUUGCGGCUGCUCAGGUCGCAGACCGAUGCCUCGCGCGCCAACAAUGCCACCCUCACAUCCGACCUGGACUGCAUAAGGGCCCUGUUCAACGAGAAGGAGAAGGAGCUGUCUCUGGCGGUGGCUAAGGUGGAAGAGCUGACGCGACAACUCGAGGAGCUCAGGGGUAGGCACGGACAGCCCGGGCAGCCGGGCCACCUCGGCACGCCCGCCAGCGCCGAGCUCGAGAAGCUCAGGAGGGAGCUGCUCUACCGGAACAAAAUGAACGAGCAGCAGAACCAAGUGGUGUCGCAGCAGCGGCUGGCACUGGUGCAGCGCCAGGCUGAAAUGGCCUCGAUAGACGCGCGGAUAGCCCAGCUACAGGGUCGGUUGCAGAGGAAGCGCGCCCUCAACCAGCGCCUCAGUCAGCAGCUCGUACAGCAGAACAACAACAACAACAACAACAACAACAACAACAUCAACAACAACAACAACAACAACAACAACAACAAUAAUAUCAUUCGGAACAACUUGAACAAUCCGGGGAGUACGAUAAAGGGAUCCGCGACGACGGCGACGACGGUUGGCAAUAGUCCGGGUAAGCUGGACUUUGGUGGGGCGGUUUUAAUGGGCAAGCCCCGGCCGGUGGGCAACAUAGCGGCUAUCGAGCCCUACUCGCACAUACCGUGCAACGACAACGACUUUACCAUCAACAAGAACGAUCCCAAGUACCAGACUCUGCCCUACAAUACCAAGUUCACGGUUAACUUCAAGACGACCGAGGACGACGUCAACAAGAACAACAACAACAAGGUACAGCAUAGCGCCAGCGCGUCACAGAUCGCCCAGAGACCGGUCAAUCUGCAGCAGCAACAACAGUUUGGACAUCAGAUCGCCCACAGCCAGUCCCAGUCGCAUAUUCAAGGUCAAUCCCAGCCCUUGAACAACCAGAUGACGCAGCAGCAGCACCAGAGUCCCCAGAUCCUAAACAACAGCAUCAACAAUAAUAACAGCGUGAACAACAACAACAACAACCUGAACAACAGUAUGAACAACAGUAUGAACAACAACAAUAACAACACUGACAAUCACAGUGUGCAAGUCGAGGGCGGUCAGAACAGUCCCGUGCAGAACCUGAGGCUGGUCUCGCAGCACCAGCAGCAACACUCGAGUCCCCAACAGAAGCAAACAUUUCUUCAGCAGCAGCAUGGGAGCGUGUCGUCGUCAGGGUCCCCAUCGUCUGCAGCUGCAGCCCAAGGUGGAGGUGGAGCGAACCUCAGGCCGCAGAAGCCCGUGUCCAGCGUCGCGCCGAGCUUUCCCGUCAAAUCGCCCAUCUACCAGACCUCCUCCACCAAGAUUCAUCCAGUUAUGCCCCAGACCCUCAGCCUCAUCGGCCGCGGUCAUCCGGCGACUCAGUCUUCCUACUCGCCAAGCUCUGGUGCGCAAAAUCAAAACCCUCGAGCAGAUUUGAACGCAGGCAUGGGAGUUGGGCUGCAAAACGGCCAGCAACAACAACAGCAACAGCAGAGUAUCGUUUCUACCGUAGUGUCUGCAUAUCAGUCGCAAAACUCGCCGAAUCUGCCAGCGAGUAGUGGCCCCGUGUUCACCGGAUACGCGUACGGUCAAGCGACGCAACAGAGUCUCGACGAACGGCUCAAGAUACCCGACAAACUACCUGGAAUCGAUCAGUCGCAGUUGCAGCAGCAGCAAGUUAAGUACGAGACGCACGGCCAGCCGAUCAAGCUCUACGACCAGUCGGCGCCCGUUAAACUCGAGCAGACGUCGAAACUGCAGCAGCAGCAACAACAACAACAACAACAAAUCGAGCACAUAGCCGCCCAGCCGUACAAGCCCGAACAGAGCCAAACAAAGUUCGAGCAUCUCGCUGCCAGGUACGAGCAGCAGCAAGCGUCGCAGCAUCCGCCGAAACUCGAGCCGCCGACUAAGCUGCCGGAAAAGCCGUUCGAGUACGAGAGGAAGCCCCCGAGCGGGGCGAUAUCCAGCGAGCUGAAGCCCGAGCUGCCCUUCGACAAAACGAAGCCAGCCCUGCCUCCGAAGCCCACCAAACCGAAUCCCCCGCCCCGGCUGACUCAGCACCACGAGAAGCUCGAGCCCAGUGCCGAAAUUGGUGACGUCAAGCCCGGUGUUAGCCUGCCCUCGAGAGCUGAAAAGGAAGAGGACACGAUUCCGCCGAUUCCUACGUCCGAGCCGCCAGACUCGCCGACCGAUCCCACGCAGCAGCAGCAGCAGCAGCAGCAGUUACUCCACCAGGUGAUAAAGGCCCGGCCGUUGGGCUUGAAAAAGACGCCGCUCUCGGAGCAGCCGAAGCUCCGCUACGCGAAAUCCAACGUGCACGUGUCGAUAAACCGGCGCAUCGAGAUGCCCCCUGCCUUCCUAUUCCCCGAAACCGAGAUUCCUGCGGAUCUUAUGCAAACGGAUCAACAACAGCAACAGCUCGACGUCACGGAUAACAGUUCGUUGAAGAGGCUGAUCGUUAGUCCGGUGUCGAACGACGAGAUCUGCAACGAGAAGCUCGAGGACUCGGACAUUGUCGACGCGCUCAACGUCAUCAACAUCGAGGACCAUCACAACAAGCUAAAAUCCGAGACGAUCGAGAUCGAGGGCGGUGGUAAGCCAGCGGCGGACGUGAUAAGGCGCAAGAAGGGCAAUCUCAAGUCCACGACGGGCAAGGUCAAUUUAUCGAGGCGGGUCAGCUUCGACCCGCUGGCGCUGCUCCUCGAUGCUAGUCUCGAGGGCGAGCUCGAGCUCGUCAAGAAGACAGCCAAAGAGGUGGCUAACCCGAGCUCCGCCAACGACGAGGGCAUCACCGCGCUUCACAACGCCAUUUGCGCUGGCCAUCUCGAGAUCGUCAAGUUCCUCGUUGAGUUUGGCUGCGACGUCAAUGCCCAGGACAGCGACGGAUGGACACCGCUACACUGCGCCGCGAGUUGCAAUAACUUGGCGAUGGUGAGGUUCUUGGUGGAGCACGGGGCCUGUAUUUUCGCGACCACGUUGUCGGACCACGAGACCGCGGCGGAAAAGUGCGAAGAGGACGAGGAGGGUUUCGACGGAUGUUCCGAAUAUUUGUACAGUGUUCAAGAAAAACUUGGGAUCAUGAACAACGGGCAAGUUUACGCUGUGUUUGACUACGAGGCUCAGCAUAGCGACGAACUUACAUUGAAAAACGGCGAUUCCUUGGUGAUCCUGCGGAAAGGUGAUGACAACGAGAGGGAAUGGUGGUGGAGCAAGUUGGGCCAUCGGGAGGGUUACGUUCCUCGGAAUUUACUAGGCCUAUAUCCAAGAGUGCAACCAGCUAAAAUCAAUGAAUUUUAAAAUUCUGAAUACAAAUUUAAUUUUUAAUGAUACUGGUGAUACGUGACACGAAUCACGUCACGUUUUCGUACGGACCCUUGAUCACUGUAUAAAUCUUUUAUGCGAUCGUUUUCUAUAUGCUUUUUUUUAAUUUAUCUUGUUUUUUAUUAUCAAUCGACUAUCGGACGGAGAUUGAUAAUGCAUUAAGGUAUAUCUCGUAGGCAACGUUCAACGUACAUUAAGGUAUUUUUCAACGUACAAUGAAAGAAAAUUCAAGCAAUCGAAAGCAAGCUAUGGGAAGAAGAAAUCAUCACAUUAUCUUCGCACGUUUUUUGUACAUAUUUAAAUAUCGAUCGAUUAUAGCAAUAAUUUUUAGUUAGCGCAACACCACACAGCGGAAUUCGUCUAAACUGCGUUCGUAUCUAUGGAUAUGGUAUGUAAUAUAUAUAAAAAACGAGAGUAUUGAAGGAAGAAAUUGUAUUUGGAAAAGUCCUUUUUUUAUUGUAUAUUUGUUGAAAUCAGUUGGGUAGCUAUGUCGGUAGGACGGAUAGUUCACAAUCAAGUAUAUAUACAUUAUAAAUCCAAGUCCUACUCUUAAUCCGACAAUAGGAUUGUAAUAUCGUGCGACUUUUCAUGAAUGGAUUGUAUUUGUUUUAUUGACUCGACGGAUUCCACUGUGCGGUAUUUUAUGCUCCCAAAGAAAGAGUGGAGUACAAGAAAUUAUGUUGUAUGUACUUAAAUUAAAAAUAAAAAUAUAUAUAUA